AUGACAAAUAAGCACAAAAUUAGAGUAAGGAGGAAAUUACAGUUUGACAUUGUCUCGGUGGUUACUUCAUCUUGUGAGGUAUUGAUCAAUCAUGUCUUGUGUUCCCUGCCCCCUAUUGACUAUCUUAGAAGGUUUUCUGAUGGCCUAGUGGCAUUGCAGGAAAAACUGAAAGAAGCAUUGACUGGAUCCAUUGAAAAAGAACUCUUUGGUGAAGUUAUUAUAGAUACUUGGAGAUCAAUACGGGAACUUCUCAGGAAUGAGGUGGAAUCAACUGUUUUCCGGUUAUUUACUGCACUUACUGGGCUUGGAAUAGAUGGAGACACAAGGGAGAAAAUGAUUGAGAGUGUAGGGGAUUAUGCAAAGGGUGUUGUAGAAGAAAAGGUUAGGGGUGAAGCUAAAAGUGUUCUGAUGCGAAUGAAGAUGUGUUUCGAAAGGAGGUUUGUGAACCGUCUUUUCAUAGGCAAAGAUGACAUUCCAACUGCCGCGAAGUCUGCUCGCGGUUAUUCUUUGGAAUUACUAUCUAUUUUGGCUGCAAUUCGUUUGAAUGAAGAUGAUAUUGAUGACAUUAAAGAAAUAUUAGAAGCUGAAUUAUUCGUAUCAUCAAGCAAUAGUGCUGCCAAUGAAAGCAGCAGUGUGGAGUUUGAUCCACUGCACAUAGCUCCUGACAGUUGGGAACAGAUUCCAUCCUGUCGGACACUGAUUGGACCUCGCUCAUGCAAAACGGUGUGGGAUCAAUUCAUGCAAGAAACGGAGAUCAUUAUCUCGAAGGCACUUGAACAGGUUUGUACCAUGUUUAAUAUUUUUCUAAAGAUUUCACAGCUUUGA